AUGCUAGGAGCUGCAGCCCAGCAGCAUCGGGGGCACCGAGCAGCGGCAGGGAGGGCUGUUCCAGAAGCAGGAGGCGCUUGGCCUUCUGCGGCGAACCUGACGCAUCCGCCGGUUCGGAGGGGCGACGAGGAGGCGCGUCCCGUCCGGGCGAGGCUGCGGGCAGCGUGCGCCCCAUUGCCGGGGCAGCUACGUGUCUUCCCCGCUGCAGGCUCCGGCGGGGACGCACAAGGGCUCCCAGAGCCGCGGGGCAAGCCGAGGCGAGGCGAGGCGGGCUUCGGACGGGGCGGGCAGGCAGAGCCCAGUUCCCGCCGGCCGGGCCCUCGGGCGAGGCCAGCCCUUGCCAGAGCAGGCGAGGGUGGAGCGCGCCUCUCCCGGGCGAGGAACAGGCGCGAACUCCGCUCUGCGAGCGGAGAGAGCCGUCAGCACAGCCGGAUCGCGGCGGAGGGAGGCGCGCUCUGCCAGCCUGUGCCCCGGAGCAGCCGUCCGGCGAAGAUUUCAUCAAAGCAAAUGCUCUUUGGCCACACUACAUCAGUGACGUGCUUGGCAAAAGCGAGGGACUUUGAGAAACUGCCGUAUGUGGUCAGUGCUACUGAGAAUGGAGAAAUGUGCAUUUGGAACGUCAUCUGUGGAGAAUGUGUAGAGGACACAAAGCUUCCCUUUAGGCACACGGCCAUUUGCUACUACCACAGCUCGUUCCGCAUGAUGGGAGAGGGCUGGCUCCUGUGCUGUGGGCAAUAUAGCGAUAUCCUCAUCAUUGAUGCCAAAACCCUGGCUGUGCUUCACACAUUGACAUCUGCUCAUUCUUCAGACUGGAUCUGCUGCCUGUGCUUAGUGCAUUCCCCUAGGAUCCAAGAGGAUUCCUUAAUAGCAGUAUCUGCAGCGGGAAACCUUAAAGUCUGGGAUCUGUCCUCAUCAGUCAGCAAGAUCCAGGAAAGGCAAACUAUUCAUGAAAGGGAAUCACAAUCACUGGAUUGUACUUCCUGCCGCACAAUCAGAUUCUGCACCUACACCGGACGGCUUCUCCUCGUUGUGUUUUCCACCUGUUGGAAGAUGUAUGAUUACUGUGACUUUUCCUUGCUGUGGAUGGAACUCAGUCAAAAUGGCCAGUCCUUUGCUGGAGGCGAAGUCCUCGCUGCUCACAGGAUAAUCAUUUGGAUGGAAGAUGGCCGUGGCUUCAUCUACCAGCUGCUGAACAGUGGUCUUUCACGGAGCAUACAGCCAUGCAGUGGACGAGUGCUCAAAGAAACUGUCCAUCCUCUUUUACUGUGUUCGACUGAUGUGGGAGAUAACCAGAGUUUCUCUUACAUUAUGGGCUUUCUAAAUGAAAGAAAAGAACCUUUUUAUAAGAUCCUUUAUUCUGGAGAAGCAUCUGGGAAAAUCACUCUGUGGCAUAUUCCUGAUGUACCAGUUUCAACUCUUGAUGGCUCUCCAAAAGAAAUUCCAAUAGCAACAUCCUGGACUCUUCAGAAUAACUUUGAUAUCCACAGUCCUGUGGCUGAAAACAUCAUUGAUCACCUGUGUGGAGCUCACAGCGGGACUGGAAGUGCCACCAUCACUUCCUCGGUGUACAUCCCCACUCUUGAUAAGCUGGUGUGUGGAUGUGAAGAUGGCAAGAUUUUCAUUGUACUAGCUCUGCAUACUGCCAAGGCCAGGCUGCUGGAAAACAUUUCCUUGCUGAAGGACACCCUGCCUGACAGGAUACUCAGUGGCCAUAGCGCCAGCGUGACGUCUUUACUUUAUCUCCAUGACCAAUCAGCCCGGUUUGAUCCUAGCUGGCUGGUCUCAGGCAGCCAGGACUCUUGUGUCAUCUGGUGGGACAUGUUCACUGGAGAAAUGUUGCACCAUUUUUCUCUGCAAGCUGGUCCAGUCAUGAAUCUGCUACUAUCUUCAGAGAACUAUCGAUUUAAAGGCCACCGGAUUGUGUGCUGCAUGUGUAGUGACCACUCUGUUGUGCUUCUGCACAUUCAAGAGCGAAUGUGCAUCUUGCAUGCCAGGAAACAUCUUUCCCCUGUGAAGAUGCUACGAUGGCACCCGGUGGAAAACCUCUUGAUUGUUGGAUGUGAAAAUGAUUCCAUUUACAUUUGGGAUAUUGAGACAGGAAUUCUAGAGCGCCAUGAAACCGGGGAAAUCGCCAAGGUAAUCCUUGCUUGCUGUGAAGACUCAGUUGCAACAGUGGCAGAUUCUUUGCUCCCAGGCUUUGAAGAAGACACACACAAGCAGAAAAAUGCAGAUGGGCAGUCCUUCAACUCUUAUACAUUUGGCACUCCUUCCUACAGCAGCUUCACUCAUCGAGAAAAGUUUUCCCAUCAUCAGUUAACCACCGUCCGCCAUGCCCAAUGGCCUUUUACCAUUUUGUCAGUGAAGACAAAACAAGAGAACAUACAUUUUCAUGUACUCGUCUUUGAUUUGGAAAAAUUGGUAGAAUUGCUGCACUCAGCUCAGCUCAAGGGACUGAAGUCAUCCAACUCAUUUCAUAACUAUGACACUCUAAUGAGAGCCAAAAGCACAGCUGAAAAAAGGACACUGAUGUUAAAAAGAAACAGAACUUCUGGGUCACUCUUUCCAUUGAGUGGGCAAGUCAAAAUCUCUGGUGAAGAGCAGAUAGCUGUGGAUAAUAAUGCAGUUGGAUCUUUGGAACAAAGUGGUGGCAUCAGAAGACACAAAAAGCCAAAGAGUUCAAAAAAGCUCCAUUAG